CACACGUUCACAGUCUCUUUCAUUCACUCCUACGGGCAGGAGGGCCUUAUGGUGCGGUGAUACUGUUUAACUUAUUUGAUCACAGUGAAGAGAAGAAAUAUAUAUCGAGCUGUGUGCGUCUGUUUUCAAUAUCGCCGUUUAAAAGUUACACACCAACUGAUGUUUCUGGGUGAAUUCAACUGACUUGUUUCCGACCUGGUAUCUGCUUGUGCCUUGCGUUUGCUGCUGCCCAGCGACCAGGUGUGCCACAAUAGGAAUAAUACAAACUUCGGCUCUUAAGAGGGGCACUCAUCGCACAAUGUCGAGGAUGCGUGAAUACAAGAUUGUGGUGUUGGGGUCAGGAGGUGUUGGAAAAUCUGCACUUACAGUUCAGUUUGUGCAGGGCAUCUUUGUCGAGAAAUAUGAUCCCACGAUAGAAGACUCAUAUCGUAAGCAAGUGGAAGUGGAUGGCCAGCAGUGUAUGCUUGAAAUCCUUGAUACUGCUGGAACUGAACAAUUUACAGCAAUGCGUGACCUUUAUAUGAAGAAUGGACAGGGCUUUGUUUUGGUGUACAGUAUCACCGCACAAAGUACAUUCAAUGAUUUACAAGAUCUCCGUGAACAGAUUCUCAGAGUCAAGGACACGGAUGACGUCCCAAUGAUCCUAGUGGGUAACAAGUGUGACUUGGAGGAUGAGCGUGUUGUUGGGAAAGACCAAGGCCUCAACCUGGCCAAGUCGUUCUCUUGCGCCUUCCUAGAAUCAUCUGCAAAAGCUAAGAUCAAUGUCAAUGAGAUCUUCUAUGACUUAGUCCGGCAGAUUAACCGCAAAUCCCCCGACAGAAAGUUAAAUGGAAAGAGUGGUAAUAAGAAGAAGUGUUGCCUUUUAUAAGGUUGGAUAUUUACUCAUUAUAAGACUAGGUAAAGAAUGGCUGGAUGUUAUGCCUUCAUCCUCUCAGGUGUAACUUGUGAUUUUGUGUUCUAUUGCCAAGACAUGCUGUAAAGUAAUCAUUCCUAGGAAUAUUAUUGAAGAGCUAAUGUGUAUAAGUGUUUAGAAGUGAAAAGCAGUGUGUGUCUGAGUGCAUGUGUGUGCGUGUCUGUGUGUGUGUAAGUGGUUAAAGCAUAAUUUCUUAUCUCUACUUUAAAUACAAGUCUGGAAGUGUAAUCAGUGCGAGAAGACAAAAAUCUUGCAUACCUUGGUAAUAGAAACAAAAUUCACAGUAAAGAAAAAAAAAAGGCUGGUGCCCCACGCAAACUUGUUACUAUGUUACACACCAUGGAAUGGACGUGUGACCAGGUGGUGUAAUGAAGUAAACAAUUCACAUUAUUAUGAUUAUUAUGAUUAUUAUCAUUCACAUAAUUUUAAAUGAACUUUUUUUUUUAACCAUUAUAUUAUUAUCAUUAUUAUCAAUUUUAUAUUUUUAUUACUGUUGUGAUUGUUAUGAUUAUUAAUGAAUAUCCAAUUUUAUUUGUUAUUUUCUGUUUUACAAGUCUUACACAUUGGCUAUUACUAACUGAUGAUAUAAAGAUAGUUUCUUUAUUGUUGUAUAGCAUACUAUUUUUCAUUGUUUUGAUUAUUUUACUUUUGCAAUUUUCUCGUUUUUAGCUUGAUGGAAAGUGUGCUCCAUCCAGCUACUGAUCUGUUUAUUUUGGGCACAUUUUUUAUAGUUCCAAGAUCAAUCUAUAUUUGGAUGGUUAUAUGAUACACUGGUUUUAGACCUUGUUGAUCUGCAAAUGAAUAAAGUAGGCAUAACUGCUGUGCACUAUUAUUAUUAUUUUUUAUAUAAUUGUCUCUCAUGAUAUUAAAAUUUAUUGACUAUCAGUGAAUUUCCAAAGUUACCCUAGUCGAAGUGUUAUUUUGUUAAGCACAAAGUUGUGGAAAUAAUUAUAUAUAUAUAUAAACAUUGGGAGAACAAUUUCUUUGUAUGUGAGAGACAGAUUCCACUAUCCAUCCUCAUUGUAACAAUUCAUACCAUAUGUAAGAUAUAAUGCAUUAUGAGUACAUUUUAAAGUUUGUACUAGGCCUCCAAAUGUUGAGUAAAUUCUAGGUUGAUCAUUUUGACUUGAAUACAUGGGGGAUAUUUUGUACCUUUAGUAGCUUGUAGUUUGUUAACCCCAUGUACAGGUUACUACGCACAAGUUGCUUAUUAAGGGACCCAAGAGGCUUGUGUCAGGUAGGGAGGGGACAGUUUUGUCUCUUUAUUGGUUGCAACAUAACUAGCCGAAGAUUUAAAGUACUUGGAAUUUUUGAAACCCAUUUGGUUGCACACUUCUUGUGCACUUGUGAUGUAAUAAGCCUUCUUGAAGUGGAAUGAUGUACCACCAUUUAGUGGUCAUAUAAUAGAAAAAGGCAUGUAGAAGAAUAUGCUAUGGAGAUGUUCCCUCUCAGUCUUCUGUAAAUCUUUAAAUGUUAAAUUCUGGUAAAGCCUACAGUUUGAUGUGGUGUUAGUGUGCUAAUUGUCAACCUGAUUUCUGCCCUGCUGUCAACUAAUAGCUUAUAAAAUAAAAAGGGAUUUGGAUAUUUUAUGCCAAGACCAAACGGCAUACUUGUACAUAACUUUACUCUGUAUAUUAUGUCAUGCUAUAAACAGUUAUAUAAACCAGACCUAGCAUAACCCAAAAGUGAGACAUAGGAUGUGUAGAGCCACUACAAGACAGCAGCAGCUCUUGUAAGGAUGAGUGGUACUGAUGAUUUCUAACCUCCAUCCCAGAGCCCCCAUCUCUCACUGCCAGUCACCACCUACCACCUCCAUCACAGCAAACUGUUCUUCAGAAAGUGGUGAAUGUUGCCAUACAGUGCAACACUUCAUAAUAUUGCAAUUUACCAAUGAAUAUUCAGUAUAUCAUUCAUUAUUGUUUUCUACUGAUUUUCAUGCCACUCUUUACCAUGUAAGGAUAUAGACUUCAUCUGAAAAUAGCCCUAGGGAUGCAAAAUCCAAUAUCUAGUUAAGUUCUCAAAAGAGAUGUGAUAUAUAUGUAUGCAUUUUGAGUCCUGUCAACUCUAGGGUCAUUUUAAGAUUAAAUUUGCUAGUAAUCCAUCAGAAUAUUAGCGGCUUUAUACAAUAUUGGAAAAGCUUUACUGUUUGGUUUCAAUCUGAUAAAAGUGAAAUAUAUCGUGUACAUUGUUUAAAUGGUUUGAUUAUUUCCUUUGUGUGUACCCACACCCAUGAAAUUAACUUCACAUCAUAAAUGUCGACAUUUAAAAUGAUUGUGAAGAAAGUUUUUUGGAAAAUUACAAACAAAGUCAUUUAAGUUUCAAAUAAGCUGAUUAUAAUGUUCAAGUAAAUUCUCAUUUUGCUCAGCAUUUUGAGGCACCAAAAAUUUUCUGUAUUACAAUCUGGUUUUAUGGCUUGGCAUCAGAAAUUAUUGAUACAAUUUUGGACAAGCUACACUUAUAAAUCAUAGAGUUGUUUAGACUCGUUACAUAUUGUGUAUAUAAACACCCUCUCCAAUAACAAUAUCAGGACUCCUGAUUACUGAUGUAUGCAGUUUAUAUUUGAAGCUGUAUACAUCCAAAGAUAAUUAACCCCUUAGUUUGUAUUGUAAACUUGUAUAAAGAUUUAUUUUCUAAAUAUUUUCAUGUCAUUCCACAUGAAAGCAAACAGUUGAUUCUUUUCAACAGUUCUAUUCAGAGUGCUAAUUAUAAAUUACUAAGCAUAAUCUCUACUUCAGUGAGAAACUCUGGAGGACUGAAGUAAUUCUGGCAGUUGUAUAAGAAAAUUAGUGUUUCCAAAGUAUUAUAUUGUGCCUUUCAGGAAUAAGAGGCAGCUCUCUUAAUAAUUGUGUAUACAUCUUUGUUCUUAAAUUCCAUACUUAUUGUGUAUUGUUGAAACAUCAGCAAUGGAAAUUGUUUCAUACACACUUGUAUUUUGCAAUUGUGAAAAAGUUCACCAUUUGAAGCUUCUGGUGUGACAUAAGUAUACAGUUAUUAUGAGAAUGAUUUCUGCCUUCAAAAUCUACAAAUUUAAGAUUCAUGUGUAAAGUUAUUCAUUACCCCAGAUAAUCUGCAGUUUAUUGCAUGCCCAAUACAUAUAUAAACACUGUUAAUUGGAAUUACCCAUAUUCAGCUUCUUUUUGAAAUAUAUUUUCAUGUACUCCAGCCUGUAAAGUUUUGUAUACCAAAAUUAUCUUUUAAAAUCCUAACCUUUG